AUGUACCAUGUGGUUUAUUCCAUCCAAUAUAUUGGAUUCUUCUUCUCACAAUUCAUCUACUUUAUUCUACUUUAUCUCCUUCGGGCAAAAGCUGGAAAACAUUUAGGCCCUAUUGGUUUCAAAAAUUUGAGCAUCUUUGGCGCUUCGUUUGGAUUAUGCACCUCCCUUCUCUGUACAGAGUUCAUGUUCCGAUACAUCGUUAUUUGCCAACAAAAAUACCUUCAUUUGAUUGAGGGAAAACGACUUGCUUUACUGUUUCUCUUCCCCACUACAAUUUCCAUCACUUGGUUCACUUGCUGUUACUUUGGCUUGACUAUAACCUCUGAAAAACAAGAAGCUCUUAGAAUUCCUUUUCAAGAGAACUUUGGUGAAGAUUCGAAUGUACUGAUGUUUGUCUCUGGCCAAUACUGGAUUUUCGGUGCAAAUGGUGAAAAGAUAUGGUGUUUACGAGACUGCUUCGGGACACUUGGACUUGUUGGAUAGAUGGGAAUCUGCUGCUCUGUGAUUAGUUUUUGUGGACUGAAAACGUUCAAGAAAAUGAUAGAAGUGCAGGGCUCAAUGAGCAAGCAAACGGCGGCGCUGAACAAGCAACUUUUUCUGACACUAACGUUACAGACCCUAUUACCUUUUAUCUUGAUGUACGGCCCCGUUGGUGUUCUAUUCGUCGCACCUUUUUUCGAAUGGAACCUUCAACUGCUCGUCAGCGCAGCCGCAGCCACGACGGCAAUUUACCCGACCUUUGAGCCAUUAAUCGUUAUUUUCUGUAUUAGUGUGUUCCGAAAUGCGAUUUUUCCGUGCAAGCGGUCAAAAGUCACUACUUCUUCGAAAACGUUUUCAUCUGCUCUUUAA